GGGCUAGUUAGCUGUCGUCUGCUUCAGAGAGAAGAAGAAGGAUCAGUCGUUUCUGCAUCGCCGGCUAUCUGUCCUUACUCUCAUAAAGAUAGUCUACAAGCGAGCCAGGGCGCAGUGCUAUACCGCUAAUAUUCCUAUAUAUAUCAAAUACCAGUUGCACCAGUGUGUUAUGGGAUCAGAUUUUUUACCAGUUGAUAAAAGAGGCUCAGUGUCUUGUAAAUGAUCUGGCCAGAUCUGAUGGAUGUCCAGCUAAAUCCCUCCGUCUUGGCUAAUCAACAAUAGAGAUGUUAAUAUCCGUGCAGUUUACACUGCCAGCCCUUACAUUGUCAUAUUUUACAGCCGUGUGAUUAAACGGAUGUCUGACCUGAAAGAGAGAUAGAUGAGGAGAAUCUCAGUGGUUGAUCAUCAGGCCUGUGACACAUGAACAGUCGAGAAAUACCAGUUGGCUUAGCAUGUAAAAAUGGCUGACCUAGCAAAAGCACGGGGCUGAGACAUUUUUGGGGGGCUACUCUGCUUUCCUAAUACAGCUCUUCCCCGUGAAAAUAUGACUUGCUGUUUGGUUAAAAAAGAGGCAUCGUUGUUCUCGUACACUUUUAGUUUUUCGUCGACCUUCAAACAUUUACAGUAUUUGUGGCUGCUCAGAGUUUUUUUUUGCAGGCGUACAUUUGUGUGAACAAUCGCCUCUGCUUCUCUGGUUAGAUCCAGCCUUUGCUCCUCUUCCCCAAGGAUCAUGGCCAAAGAUGCUGGUCUGAUUGAAGCCAAUGGGGAGCUGAAAGUUUUCAUUGACCAGAAUCUGAGUCCAGGCAAAGGAGUUUUGUCCUUAGUCACUGUACAUCCACAGCCAGUUGCAGUGGGAAAACAACUUUUGCCAAAAACACUGGGCCCUUCAAAUGUCAACAUUGCUCCCCAGAUGGUCAUUGGGACACCUCAGAGGCCGAGUGGGUCCAACGUGCUCCUAAUGAACAGUCCUCACACACCCAGCUCUCAGUUCAUCACUCAGAGCCAACCUCCCGAUGCCUCCCCAUGGUCCUCAGGGAAAAGAAGUAAGAAGGGGGAAAAGAAUGGUAAAGGUUUGAGGCAUUUUUCUAUGAAGGUGUGUGAGAAGGUACAGAAAAAGGGUGUUACCACAUACAAUGAAGUAGCAGAUGAGCUGGUGGCCGAAUUCAGCUCUGGUGACAACCACAUCUCCCCAAAUGAUGCGCAAGUGUAUGAUCAGAAGAAUAUUCGACGGCGUGUAUACGACGCUCUCAAUGUGCUGAUGGCCAUGAACAUAAUCUCAAAGGAGAAGAAGGAGAUCAAGUGGAUUGGGCUUCCCACCAACUCAGCCCAGGAAUGCCAGAAUCUGGAGGUGGAGAGGCAAAGACGUUUAGAGAGAAUCAAGCAAAAACAGUCACAACUCCAAGAACUCAUUUUACAGCAAAUUGCGUUUAAGAACCUUGUGCAACGUAACCGUCAAACAGAGCAGCAAACAAACAGACCACCACCAGAAAAUUCAGUCAUUCACCUGCCCUUUAUCAUCAUAAACACCAGCAAGAAAACUGUCAUUGACUGCAGCAUCUCCAAUGACAAGUUUGAGUACCUCUUCAACUUUGACAGCACGUUUGAGAUCCAUGAUGACAUCGAGGUAUUGAAGCGCAUGGGCAUGGCAUGUGGCCUGGAGGUUGGCAAGUGCUCUGCUGAAGACCUCAAAGUCGCCAGGAGCCUGGUGCCUAAAGCACUGGAGCCUUAUGUCACCGAAAUGGCACAAGGUCCAAUCAGUAACGUCUACAUGACAGGGACUUCAUCUGCCAAUGGGGGUCGCUAUCAUAUCAGCAGUGAAAGUGGCGCAGAUGGAACAAUGGCCUCCAGCUCUAAUGAUUCACACUACAGUGGUUCUCGGGUUGAAACCCCAGUUUCUUACAUGGACGACGACGACGAUGACGAUGACUAUGAUGAAAAUGACGAAGAUGACUAACGCUCUCAGGCCACACUUCCUCCAACAGCUAUAUUCAUGGGGUUUAUUGUAUACAGACAAGCUCCUACUCCCUGUCUGCUACUAGCACACCUUUAAUUUUCCCUCUCUCUCUUUUUAUCUUGAAGGGCAUUGAGAAGCAUGGGCUUUAAAGGGGUGUGUUUCAUCCAGCCCUUUCUGCUGUAUGGCUUAGGCUGUUAAAUCACAACAUUGUGCUAGUGCAGGUAUUUGGUCCUGAUAGUUCUGGUUUUCAAAAAAAAAAAAAAAAAAAAAUGAUGGGACUUUGAAGUUGCAGCACUAUGCCAUCUAGCAUCUGCUGGAAUUAGCAUGACUUACAAAAGAAACCCCCUAUCAGCCAGACACCAUCCUGCUGUUGGAGAAUGUCUAGUGUGACCUCUGUAUAACAUAGUUAGGCUAUCUGCAUUUGAACAAUUGUUUUGUUUCAUUUUUUUUUUUUUAAUGUGCUGGCUUAUUCUGAAGAUUCAGAUGGCUGCCACCUCCUAGACUGUAGGCGCAAAGAAUCGGCACAGCCAGCUUACUAUUUCGCCCCGUUGGGGCAAGUCUUUGGAUGUAUGGACACUUUUUGUAAGAUUGGAGGAAUUAAUGCUUUUUUUUGUAGAUCUCUUCCCUGUGUGUGUGUGUGUGUGUGUGUGUGUGUGUGUGUGGCUUCCUGUUAUUCUGUGGGCAGCUGUUGUAGGGAGCUCUGUUGAACAGCCAUUUUUUUUUUCGUUGUUGGAGUUUUAAGAGGUGAACCACUCUGUUGUUCCCUCUUUGUGUUUUACAACUGACAGUCAUCAGGAAAUCAAAGAAACUUUAUCCAGUGAAAUUUAUAGGAAAUCGCACCUCUGAAGAUUCGUUUCUCAUUUCCUCUCCAGGUCAGUAACACUACGGAGUAUGUAUGAUUAUUAUCCCAGUAUGAGGUAUAUAUAUAUUUUUUGGACUCCCCUGGAAAAUGUAAAAAAAAAAAAGAAAGAAAGAAAAAAAAAAAACUGUUGUACUGACUCCACAAAAAUAACUUUUCUGUA